UCCGGUCUACAUAACAGAAAUUGAGCAGCAAUGGCAACCUCUAUUCUUCAACCUCUCUGCCGGCAUUUACAACCAACCAAGCACCGGACGACAUUCUUCACUCAGAUUUUGUGUGUUCGAAGUUUUGCAAGCAAAAAAAUGGGCUUACCUCGCGUGUUCUUUGACAUGACGGCGGACAAUCAACCCGUUGGUCGUGUGGUUAUGGAACUAAGAAGUGACGUCGUUCCCAAGACUGCCGAAAACUUCCGCGCUCUGUGCACUGGUGAAAAAGGAUUCGGAUACAAGGGAUCUACAUUCCAUCGUGUCAUCCCAAACUUCAUGUGUCAAGGUGGCGACUUUACCAACCAUAACGGUACCGGAGGACAAUCCAUAUAUGGAGCGAAAUUCGAAGAUGAAAAUUUCACCUUGAAGCAUAUGGGACCCGGAACAUUGUCAAUGGCUAACGCUGGGCCGAACACCAAUGGCAGUCAAUUUUUCGUCACCACCGUUAAAACGAGCUGGUUGGAUCAUCGUCACGUUGUGUUUGGAACUGUUGUCGAGGGCAUGGAUGUCAUCAAGAAGAUUGAAGGCUGGGGUAGUCAAUCUGGUAAACCAUCCAAACGAAUCUUCAUAUCCGACUCCGGUCAAUUGUCAUAAGAUGUUGAUGGCAUUUCCAUACAAUUUAAAAAAGGAAUCAGAGAAAUCCUCCUCACUUUUCACACACACACACACAAAAAUAAGUAAACAAAAAAACAGUCCCGUAAAUUAAAAUCCAGAAUUUCCAAUACUAAUUGAUUUCUUCAGACAUUUUAUUAUUGAUUUCUUCUUCUUCUUUUUUUUAUUAAGAAAAAUACAAAAUAAAAUCUUAAUUGUUUUUAUAUAUAUGUAACAUUUCCAAAAAAAAGAAACAUGAUGCAUUAAGCCUGCUUUAGUUGCAA